GCAAAUGACCAGUCAUUACCAUGAAUCCUGCCGACCUGCGAAAUCUGCCUAUGCAAAAACACAUAAUCAGAAGACCGGUUAGGUCUGCCACGAAAGUUCGGUAAAACCGAACACUUUGCUGGACGCAACCAACGCACACAUAAAGGAAAGAUAUCUGAUCUAAGGCAGAAAAUUAAAGCAGAGAUCAGAGAUUCAAAGUAUGGGUAAGGGUAAGGGUAAGAGCAUUAUGGUGAGUGGUGGAGAUGGUGGCCAUGGCAACAACACCACUCAUCUUCCUGCAGAUUCCAGCACAGUUAGGAUUCUUCUUUGUGACACCAAUGCUGACAGUUGCCGCCAUGUUUUCCACCUCCUAACCCAGUGUUCUUACCAGGUUGCGCUGGUCACUUCAAGAGCACAAUUGUUUGAUACGCUGAGAUCUGAGGGUUCUUGUAUGGACAUCAUUCUUGUCGAAAUCGCGAUUCUUAUCGCGAAUGAAUCGAGUAUUAUGAGGUAUAUCAAGAGGGACGUUAGACUGAAACAUGUUCCGGUGAUUAUGAUGGUGACAAAUGAAGAGGUAUCCCUUAUCCGGAAGGGCUUGGGAUUUGGAGCAGCAGACUAUCUUGUUAAACCACUCAACAUUCAUGAAAUCAAGGAUUUGGGGUUUCACAUCAAGAAAAACUAGUAUACUCAAAUUCAGCCAUAACCCUAAAUAAGCUUGUAUUGAUGAUUGAUCUUUCAUUUGACAUGCAUUGUAUUAUGAACUAUGAAAUGUUUUCAUUUAGUAGA